GGCGCAUUUGCCUUGUAUUCGUGUGUUUGAGGAAUGUAUGCAGUGCAACAAAGGGGCCAAGGGUGUUUUAUUUCGGAGGGCCUAAACAGGAAGUAUGUUGGCAUUACGGAGUGGUAAGUAAAAGGCUAUCUCUGUGCUGUUUGCUGGUUGUGAUUUAGUGGUUCCACAGAAGCGCCGAAGGUGUCAUCCGUAAUGGCAGAGACAAAACACUUCUUCUCCUUCACCUAAUAUGCUCCCUGUGGCGGGGGAAAGGGAGCCACCGGACCAGUCUCAAUAUGACCACCGGCAUCUGCCCUGUCUCCUGUCGGUUCGCAGAUUAUUUUGUGGUCUGCGGACUCGACACCGAAAGCGGGCUGGAACCAGACGAACUCUCCGCUUUAUGCCAGUAUAUAGAGGCUACUAAAUUCACAGAUGGGGCCAAAGGAAAAUUGGCGGGGGCAAAUGAAGGUGAGAAUUUUGAGCAGAGUCCUCUAAGGAGAACCUUUAAAUCCAAAGUUCUUGCACAUUACCCCGACAAUGUCGAGUGGAAUCCAUUCGACCAGGAUGCAGUUGGCAUGCUCUGCAUGCCAAAGGGUCUUGCUUUCAGGACACAGGUGGACUCUCGGGAGCCGCAGUUCCACUCCUUUAUCAUCACUCGAGAGGACGGCUCCCGGACUUAUGGAUUUGCCCUCACUUUCUUCGAAGAGGUGACCAGUAAACAGAUCUGCAGCGCCAUGCAAACUCUUUACCACAUGCACAAUGCAGAGCAGUACGACAUCUUGCACACAGCCACCUCCUCUCGUCCACCCGAGGAACAGCCGCGACUCCACCACUCCCACCAUCGGCCCGUCCUCCACGCAGCGCCCGCUAUCUCCCGUCUGCAGCGUUUCAAUUCAUAUGACAUCAGCCGAGACACGCUGUACGUGUCAAAGUGCAUCUGCUUGAUAACACCAAUGGCCUUUGCCCAGGCCUGCAAAAAAGUGCUGCAGCAGCUUCACCAGGCUGUUACCUCGCCCCAUCCCCCACCCCUCCCGCUGGAGAGCUACAUCUACAACAUCCUCUAUGAGGUGCCCCUGACACCCUCCGGGCGAUCCCUAAAGUUUUCAGGCGUCUAUGGGCCUGUGGUGUGCCAGAGGCCCAGCACAUCAGAACUGCCACUCUUUGACUUUUCCAUUAGGGAAGUAAUCAACCUGCUGGGGGUGGAGAAUGUUCUUCAACUCUUCACAUGUGCGCUGCUCGAGAUGCAGAUACUGCUCUACUCGCAGCAUUACCAAAGGCUGAUGACUGUAGCCGAGAGCAUCACAGCCUUAAUGUUCCCCUUCCAGUGGCAGCAUGUGUAUGUUCCCAUUCUGCCCGCCUCUCUCCUCCACUUCCUUGAUGCACCUGUGCCGUAUCUAAUGGGCCUGCACUCGAAUGGACAGGAUGACCGGACCAAGUUAGAGCUACCACAGGAGGCCAACUUGUGUUUUGUGGACAUCGACAACCAUUUUAUAGAACUUCCAGAGGAGUUGCCGCAGUUUCCCAACAAAUUAGAGUUCAUACAAGAGAUCUCAGAGGUGCUAAUGUCCUUUGGUGUCACACCGGAAGGAAACCUCGACUCUGACUUCCAAGUUGAGCACAGAGGCCUGCGAUCAGUCGACGUGGUCUCCGACAAACGCAACGGCAACUUGGCCUCACCUCUAAACUCCUACCUGCUGAGGGAGAAUAAAACAAUUGCAAGGCUACAGGCUUUGGUCAAGAGGACAGGUGUCAGCCUGGAAAAGUUGGAGGUGAGAGAGGAUGCCGGUGGUAAAAAGGAGUCACGCUUUCAUUGUGAUGAAGAGGAGCUGAAGAUGCACCAGUUCAACAUCCAUGUGCGCGAGGUGUUUGCCAACCGCUUCACUCAAAUGUUUGCCGAUUACGAGGUGUUUGUGAUCCAACCGAGUCAAGACAAGGAGUCCUGGUUCACCAAUCGAGACCAGAUGCAGAACUUUGAUAAGGCCUCUUUCCUAUCUGACCAGCCUGAGCCCUACCUGCCUUUUCUGUCUCGCUUCCUGGAGACACAGAUGUUUGCCUCCUUCAUCGACAGUAAGAUCCUCUGCCAUGAGGAUGAGGAAAAGGAGCACACACUGAGAGUGUUUGACGGUCGAGUCGAUAAAGUUCGGAUGCUAAAUGUCCGCACACCCACUCUGCGCACUUCUAUGUACCAGAAAUGUACAGACAUCGAAGAGUCUGAGAAGGCCAUUGAGGCGAGAGUGAUGAAGAUCGACCACACAGCUCUGCUUCCGCACCUCCUGGACAUGAAGAUCGGCCAGGGACGUUAUGAGCAAGGCUUCUUCCCACGACUGCAAACUGAUGUGCUCUCCUCUGGGCCCACUAGCAACAAAUGGACCAAGAGGAGCGCCCCUGCCCAGUGGAGGAGGCGCGAUCGUCAGAAGCAGCAUGCAGAGCAUCUUUAUUUAGAUAAUGACCAGAGAGAGCAUGUAGAGUGUUUGUUUCCGGAGCUGCAGCUCCUGCUGUUUCUUGACCACUACUGGCACUUGCAGUCCUUCAAGCCCUGUCUAAAGUCGGUGACUGUGGAUGUGAAAUACAUCCAAGAGGCGCGGAACUUGGGAACAACCAUCAGACAGCCUAAACUGUCCAACCUGUCCCCGUCUGUCAUUGCGCAAACAAACUGGAAGUUUGUUGAAGGGUUGCUUAAAGAGUGCAAGAACAAGACCAAACGCAUGCUCGUCGAGAAGAUGGGUCGCGAGGCAGUGGAGUUGGGUCAUGUGGAGGUUAGCAUCACUGGUGUGGAGGAGAACACUUUGAUUGCCAGUCUGUGUGACUUGUUGGAGAGAAUCUGGAGCCAUGGGCUGCAAGUUAAACAGGGUAAAUCUGCCCUGUGGUCCCACUUGCUUCAUUACCAGGAAAGCAAAGAGAAAAAGAGUGCAACCCCAGCUGGUUUAGGACCUCCAGGUUUUAUCCAUGAUCCUGAAAGACGGAAAUCUGAUGGUGGGUCUACGAUGCCACCUCUUAAAGUGUCCCUGAUCCAAGACAUGAGACACAUUCAAAACAUAAGUGAGAUCAAGACCGACGUGGGCAAGGCCAGAGCUUGGGUUCGCCUCUCCAUGGAAAAGAAGUUACUCUCCAGGCACCUGAAGCAACUGCUGUCUGACCUUGAGCUUACAAAGAAACUGUACAAGCGAUAUGCAUUCCUGCGUUGUGAUGAUGAGAAAGAGCAAUUUCUAUACCAUCUCCUGUCCUUCAAUGCUGUGGACUACUUCUGUUUCACCAAUGUCUUCACCACCAUCAUGAUCCCAUAUCAUGUGGUAGUGGUUCCCAGUAGAAAGCUGGGUGGCUCCAUGUUUACAGCCAAUCCCUGGGUGUGUGUAUCUGGUGAACUGGCAGAGACAGGUGUUCUGCAGGUGCCGAGGAACACUCAAGAGAUCACUUUUGAGUGCCAGAACCUUGGUAAGCUGACCACAGUGCAGCUCGGCCACGAUAACACAGGUCUCUACGCUAAAUGGUUGGUGGAGUGUGUCAUGGUCCGCAACGAGAUCACAGGGCACACAUACAAGUUUCCAUGUGGCCGGUGGCUUGGGAAGGGUGUGGAUGACGGCAGCCUGGAGAGGAUCCUGGUAGGAGAACUGAUGACACCCAGCACAGAGAACGAUGAAAGGAUGUGUCGCACACCGCCAAUGCAGCAGUCGCCAGGGAUGAUGAGGAGAUUUGUUACCAUCUCACCAAACAGCAAGCCAAAGUUAAACACCGGUCAGAUCCAGGAGGGGGUGGGCGAGGCCAUCAAUGGAAUCGUGAAGCACUUCCACAAACCGGAAAAGGAGAGAGGCAGUUUGACUCUUCUGCUCUGUGGGGAGUUUGGUCUCGUCUGGGCUCUGGAGCAGGUGUUCCAGCACGGUUUCAAAUCACCUCGACUUUUUAAAAAUGUCUUCAUCUGGGACUUCUUGGAAAAGGCACAAGUGUACUUUGAAAGCGCUGAGCAGCGGGAGGUGAAUCCGGAUGAAAAUUGGCAAAGCAGAGUAUGCCACUUCUGCCGCUUCAUGCGUGCAAUCAACAACACAUCGCGAAACAUUGGCAAGGAUGGAAAGUUUCAGAUGCUCAUUUGUCUGGGUGCAAGGGAUCACUUGCUGCAUCACUGGAUCGCGCUGCUGGCAGACUGUCCAAUCACUGCUCAGAUGUACGAGGAGGCCGCACUGAUCAAGGACCGCUCACUGGUCAACUCUCUAAUCCGAGUGCUCCAGACUCUGCAGGAGUUCAACAUCACCCUGGAAGCAUCGCUCAUCAAAGGUGUCGGCAUCUAAACCAAACCAUCUCCACAGAUGAGCAUAGCCGUACCAAUUAAAAGUGAACCUUUUAUAUGCAGGAAAAGACUCUUUACAGACAACAUAUUUGGCUUAUGUUCAAGAUACUGUUAUAUUUGCCAUAUACUGUAUUAAGUGCAAUGAGCCUUUUAAAAUAUGUUGUUUUUAUCCUCAAUGAUGUGGUCAUAUUUUGAACAUGUUUUCUAUUAUCCACCAUGUUUUUUUUCCACAUUAUUGACAAUGACCCUCUUGUGCUAUGUUUUAUCGAAAGCUAAAUAUUUUCAUUGUUUAAGUAAACUGCUGACUAUGGCUAUAUUUAAAGGGAUGUGGAGGUUCAGAACAGUUAAUAUAUUUUGUCAGAGAAAAACAGUAUUAUUUUGUAAACUUCGUCAAGUUGCUUGCUCUGUUGUCAACUCAGAUUCUAAUGUCAUAAUGCAGAGUUUAAAGCAAAUGUAGAUGUAUGCUUUAUAAGUAUGUAUAUGACAGGAAGGGAGAAUUGAACUCUGGAAUUUACAAAGGAAUUCAAAAGUUGUUUACAUUACAGCUUUUUCUUAUGAAAUGUAUGCAGAUCUUAUAUGUGAAAUACCUUUGUACCAGGAAAAAGUGUUCUUCUUGCAUGAUACUGACAGUUCCCCAAAAUGGAAAAUAUCUCUGAGGGGAUACAAAAUAAUGUUAUUUCUUCACCUCCAAUUCCACAAGAGAUGUGUGGUCCAGCUUUAUGUUUAAAUAAGUUAGAAACGACAGCCUUGAUGUAAAUACUUCCCUCCAGCCCUCCCUGAACCAUCAUCCAAGCCUUUGUACUCCUGUCACUGUCUUGGGAGAGAAUGUAUGUCGACUACUUGAGAUAAAGGAUGCUUGUCUGCUGUAGCCAUCUAAAUUGGGAGCCAAAAUUAGUACUUUUAUUGUACCCCAUCUCAUUUUGUUACGGUUUCUUGCUAUGCAUUUUCUAAAGCAGAAAUAACUCCCCGCCCCAACCCCACACCCGCCUACACCCUGUAAAGCCUUUAUCAAGGUCACUUUAGGCCAUAUCUCUCACAAUGAACUUGACUGCGCAGAGAAAGAUAUUUGAUAAUUGAAGGACUUUGUUUUCUGUGCCAAUAGUGUCUGGAAUGAACUCAUACAUAAGCAUCUUGCAAGAUAUAUAUUUUUGUUUUCCAAAACAGUUGUACAUUUAUUGGCAUAGCUGUAUAAUGUAGUGUUUACUAAGUAAGAUACCUUGUACAGUGUAAAAUAUAUAAAGAAUAAAACAUCUGUAAUGCA